GAGGUGAAUGGCUGGCCCUGACUCCCGACUUGGAGAUCACUCGACACAACCUCGGAGCGCAACGGCGUCGGAUACUGGACCGAGCUGCGCCUUUCCCUGCCGAUAUUGCGGCCGAGAUCUAUGCUCAUGAUCCCAUUGGUCGGGCGGCGCUGGCAAACUUCAAGAGGCCAUGCGGACUUCGGCGAGAUCAUCGAUGCGGCGUCCUUGGGAACGAGGCGACAGGCCUUGCCUUCACGCUCAAGGGAGUCAUCCUGCGGCACGUCUUUGUGGAGCGGGUUGGCGUCAACGCGAUGGCGGACUGGCGACGUGAAAAGGGGCUAGAUGGCGUCAGGGCCGCCAAAGAGUUCCACUUGAGCGUGGCCGCAUCGACAGGUGGUUUCCUGACCUACCACUCCGAGUGGCUGCGUUUGUCCGGCGUCUCCAAGAAGUUCAGUGCUGUACAUGUACAUCGGGCCUUGUGCGAAGCUCUCCGUCUGAUGCGCAGCUACGACCAGGUUGAUGCCAGCACCCUUGCGACCGGCGAGCACCUGACGCGUUGGAUGAUCCAGACCGAGCUGGCUGUGGAACGCAAUCCUUUGCAACCCGACUACGCUGGCCUGGACAUCGUGGACGGGACGGCGCAGCUACCUGAUGGACGGGCGGCAACCGCGAAGUUCACGGAAUGGGUCUCCAACCGUCUUAAAGAACGAGCCUCACUUUGGAAGCAAGAACGGCUUUAUCAGCAAGAGCGACGGCAUCAUCGAGGCAAAGGACGCGAGGCGGACGGCGGCGACGACACCGACUCGGAGGAGUACGGCGAGGGCAACAAGAAAAAGAAGAAGAAGAAAAAGAAGGGAGUACAGCAAUGGAUCAUGGACGACCUUCAUCGGCGGGUUGCUCUUUAUGGCGAAUGCCCCGACAACAUCACCGAGGACUCCGUCAUGGGCGACCUUGGGCAGCGCUCCGACCUGUAUAACCAGGAGGCCAAGCACUUAGUCAGCAUUGACCUGGACAAGAUCAAGAUUCUGAAGCGACGCCUGGUCCCAAAGGACGCGAAGACGCUGGCGCCUCCCGAGGCGGUGGGCUACCUCAAGCACUUCGAUGAGCUGGUGGAACGAACGCCCCGGGAGAUGGAACUUCUCCAAGCCAAUGGGGACCUCCGGCGGUCACGGCGGCGGCGACUCGAGCUCUACAAGGCCCUCGACGCUGCCAACCUUUUGGACUUCAGAAGGCGUCGCAAAGCUCGCGUGGGGAUCUUCACCGUGCGCAAAAAGGAUGGGGCCCAACGGCUCAUCCUGGAUGCCCGACAGGCGAACGCCUGUCAUAGGGCGCCGCCUACGACGAGGCUUUCCACUCCACCGAGUUUGACUGCUUUGGACCUGACUGCCCAGACCCUCGAAUCUGACGGCUUUGGCGGCAUCCUGGGCGAAGAGGCUCCCACAGUCACCGCCGAAAGCGGUGAUGACGCUUUCUCUCGAGAGCAGCUGAAAGAAGAGUUGGACAUUGACGUCGACGCGGUCUACGACGACGACUUUGGGCAGGAGAUCCCCCGAAAGCCCGGAGAGAAGGUCUUCUGUGCCUUUAAGGGGGUGCCUAUGGGUUGGUCGUGGGCCUUGUACUUUGCGAACGAGAUCGUCUGCCAUCAAGUGAGUACGUCAAGUGGGCGACCUGGCCACGACGAGAUUCGCGAUCGACAACCGCCUCCUCGACUCCUUCCUGGGCAACCGGUGGUCGGCACAUAUGUUGACAACGUGCAUGUUUUCGGCGGACGACCGGGCGAAGCUGGUCAAAGGAUGGACGCCGUCGCGGAGCACUUCGGCAAGCUUGGGAUCCCUUUCGAAGUUGAUGGGGUCGAACACCUCCAUCACAUGGACAGCUUGGGCAUGCGGCUCUCCUUUGACAAAGGCCGCAGCACUGCCAUGGCUAAACCAGAAAGGGCAUGGAAACUUUGGCAUGCCACACGAGGUUUGCUUCGGCGACGGCGACUUUCAGGAGAACUUCUUCGCGUGUACUUGGGCCUGGCCAAUUUUCACUUUCAGUUGAUGAGGCCGGCGCUCUCCGUCUUCUCAGCUUGCUACAAGUUCGCGGCCGAGAACGUUGGACGACGGGCCACGGUAUGGCCAACUGUGCGGUCCACAUUGGAGAUUCUUCUGAUCGAGGCUACGGCGUGCUGGCGACGGACGCCACGCGCGCGGAACUUCGACGAGCUCUUCUUCAUCACGAACGCUGGCGCUUCUUACUCACUUCGGAGCCGGACCUCUCAGGCGAACACGCUCCCGAAGUUGGCGCUGGUGAGCACCUUGGCUUUCGUGGUGGCACCCCUCCAGCAGGCUUGGGAGGAGGCGCGCAAUAUGGACAAGACCUGGCAGCCCGUGCGGAUGAGGCCUACGCAAACCGGCUCUUCAAACAACGACGGUCUCGACUACUUGGGCCUCCUCUACGGGAAUCUACGACGGCGGUGCAGGGACCUUCCAUUCCUGAUUUGGCGCCGGCGUGGGAUGAACCACAACGCUGGCGGCUCAUCACCUCAGGACCCUGGAGCCGAGUCAAGGUUACGACACAUUGCAACUGACCGCAACGUGGCCGAUGCUCCAUCCCGUCAAUGGGGGCCCGACCUGGAGCGCAAGGGCUACCACGCGAAGAAGAGACGAAGCGACAUCGACGACGUCACCCAGGGCAUCCGUGUUGGUGCCGACCUUGGGCUGGGACCGGCGACGGCGACUCCUUCAUCCUCCUCUACGCGUCCGCCUUUGAGCUCCUCGACGGUGGCUUCGACUACGGCGACGGGCUCUACGGCACGGGCGGUCUACUUUCUCGAGGUCUUCUCUGGAACCGCGAGACUCACUGAGGCGUUGGCCCUGCAGAACCUCCAAGUUCUUCCUGACAUCGAGGUGCGCAAAGGACGGCAGUUCGACGUGUUGCGACCGGCGUGCCAGAGGGUCAUCCUGGACUUGAUCCGGGACGGGAAAAUCUGGGCGAUCCACUUCGGCACCUUGCACUGUGUGGAGCAGAGCACGCCAUAA